AUGCAGUAUGAGCAAAAACUCAACCAGCUCAAUAACGACCAUGCGGAGGAGUUGGCCCGCGAGAGACAAGAGAACGAAGGAAAGCUUUCUCAACUUAUUAAAUCAAAUGAAAAAGCCAAGAAGAAAUUCGAAAGUGAAGUUAUGGCUAUGCAAAGAGCCGUCUAUGCGCGAGACAACUUCACACCAGUUUCUGACAGAGAAUUAGGUGAAAAUUUUGAAUCAUUAUCCCAUGACAUCAAGCAUUUGGCCAUGAGGACGUGGAAAUCUGAUCAAAGGAUCUGGUCGCAUGAGAUCGUCAAACGUGUGGCAUCACAUCCCAUACUUAUGAGAAGGGAGUUACUGCAGGAUUCAAUAUGGUGGAUCCUGUACGAGAUGAUAUUUUGUUCUCCGUUCCGGAUUUUCGGCGAGGAAGGGCGGCUCCUGGAGAAGCAAUGGAGUGAUUCAUUCGAGAGAGGUACCGAGUCAGAUGAUGGAACAUUCUCCUGGCCGUCACCAACUCUUCAAACUGAACGAUGGAGAUACGAGACUGUGAAGCAAUGCCACGCAGCUCUGAAGGAGCCAACUUCAGAGCUCGAUCCACGAGCUCGAGUGAAGAAGGGAUUCAAGGAAGCAAGGGAUUCCGUUAUUGCGGCAAUCGAAGAUGCAAUUAUGGACGUUGCAAAGAUCGAUGAACGCGUCACUUCGGAUAUCGAAAGAUUGGUGAAAAAGGCGAUUAACAUAUGGUUGGAAUGUGGAAUUCAAAGAUGCAGGAUAGUGAUCUCUAUGCCCUCAAGUGGACGCAACUCUGAAGAGCAAAAAUUAAAGCUUGUUAAUGGACCUGGACUUGACCUGGUAUUGGCACCACUUGUGACGCGGUACGGGACUGGCGAUGGCCUCGAUUUGAAGAAAAUAUCCAUUGUAUCCGGCUGUACUUCUGAGGUUCAGAGGUAUCCAAACAAGUAG